GAUCCAUCAGUGACACAAGUAAGACAGGCUGCUCCUCCGGGGUUGGAGGAGUACAAUCCCUUCACAGAUGCCAAAACGCCUGCAGGUAUGGCGCCCAAGGCUACGGCACCCACCAUCAACACACAACCCGCCAUCAUGAAGCCCACAGAGGAGCCUCCGGCCUACUCGCAGACUGCCGCACAGGACCAGUCGCAAGGAGCCGCUGAGCUGUUGAGGCGACAGGAGGAGCUGGAAAGGAAGGCUGCAGAGCUGGACCGCCGGGAGAGAGAGAUGCAGUCCCUCAGUGCUUCAGGAGGCAGGAAAAACAACUGGCCCCCCCUCCCAGAGAAGCUCCCAGUGGGUCCUUGUUUCUACCACGACAUCACAGUGGACAUCCCUGUAGAGUUUCAGAAGACGGUGAAGAUCAUGUAUUACCUCUGGAUGUUUCAUACCGGGACGCUGCUUGCUAACAUGGUGGGCUGCAUGGCCUGGUUCUGCGUGGACUCCGCACGUGGGGUGGACUUUGGUUUGUCCAUCCUCUGGUUCUUGCUCUUCACACCGUGUUCAUUCGUCUGCUGGUACAGACCGCUUUACGGAGCAUUCAGGAGUGACAGCUCAUUCAGGUUCUUCGUGUUCUUCUUCGUGUACAUCUGUCAGUUUGGCGUCUACGUCAUGCAGUGCAUCGGCAUCAGUGGUUGGGGCGCCAGCGGGUGGAUCUCAGCUCUGACCGGCCUGAACAGGAGCAUCCCGGUGGGCAUUAUAAUGAUCCUCAUCGCUGCUCUCUUUACCGCACUGGCUGUCAUGUCCCUCAUCAUGUUCAAAAAGGUCCAUGCGAUGUACCGUACCACCGGCGCCAGCUUCGAGAGGGCCCAGCAGGAGUUUGCCACGGGCGUCAUGUCCAACAAGACGGUCCAGACGGCCGCCGCUACCGCCGCCACCCGGGCUGCGCAAGGAACCUUCAAGGAGCAGAUCUGAUUGGCCUCGGGAGCUCCUCUCUCUCUCCGUCCAACCCUCCUCCCCCCUCUUCCUCUGCUCAUCCAGCUCACUCCCCCUUGAGCCAGCAGCCCUGUUUGAACACACGGACCGCCUUCUGACAACAUGUGAAGGCGCUACAGUCGGCGGUCCAGUCACCCACGAUCUGGGAUUCAAACAGGGCCACGGCUCGCCUCUGUCCUACUCUACCUUCUCUUCCCCCCCCAGCAACAUUGUGCACUCUCAUCACAGACUCUGAAGCCCCCUCACCCCACGCUGCACUCCUACUACCACUCAACCAGCGUACUCGACUUUAUUUUCUGUGUGAGUUUGUGUGUGUGUGUGUGUGUGUGUGUGGCCAACUAAACGAAUGUUAGUGUGCCUCUUUAAAAGGCCCGUCUGUCCUCUGCAGACGGAUUCUAAUGUAGCUGAACCAAGUCCGACUUUCUAAACGUACCUGGGCGUUUCCCGCCAUCGACAGUGCAUCACCGGCUUCCUGUGUGUCUCGCGCUUUCUUUGAUUUCUCCGUGUAAUCGCUAAUUCCUACUUUUUUUAAUUAAUUUAUUAUCUGACGAAUGGAAAUCAUCAUCAUCAUCAGUUAAUGCACAUGCAGCAGCCUUCUCUGCUUUGUUUUGCUGGUUUCCAUGAGUACACAACCCGACACUGCUGCCCCCCGGUGGAGGGACUUUGUAUUGUUGAAGAUGAAUGCUGUGCAUUCCAGUUCACUGCCUUGCCUUCUACUUUCUGCUGUCCUCUCAAUUUGGUUUUAGAAAGUGUGUAGUCUUUCUUCCUUAAAGUGAUGUAUCACCCAAAGUCUUACUUGUUGAGUAUCAAACUCCUGUAGACUGUAGAGCGAACGAGGGGUUUUAUUACCCAAUAAUCGGCCUGGUAAAUAUAUUCAAUUUGGUUGGAAAAAAGGAAGAAAGAUAUGAGUAUUUGACAUUUUUAGCCAUGUUAGCAGCAUGGAUCCAAGGAUGGAAAUGUCUGUCCGUCAAUCCACCACUUUAGUCCAGACUGAAAUAUCAACUAUUCAUAGUUUUUCACCGUUUGAGGUUGCACUUAAACUGAAGAUUUGGCGCCACCUACUAUAACUGUUGUGAAAGGAAACAAGAAUUAAUUCACAUUUUCUUUUGUUGAUUCACUCAAAAUUCGGUUAAAAUCUGCAAUGCAAACACUGCUGUAUUUUGGUAACAUUAGUGACCAUAUGAAUAGACAUAUAAUAUAAAAACGUAUCGUUUGAAUCUGUUUUAACAAACUAAAUUCAAGCUGAUCAGAGUUGUCGUUUUCUGUGAACUACAGACUUUUAACAAACAUUUCUCCCGCCUUCGAGCAGUGUUUGAUACUCAAAGGCUCUUAUUUUUUUCAUUUUGGAUGAACUAUCACUUUAAAGUAUUUUGCUUGAAAUCUUUUGCCUAUAACAGUCUACAUAUCCAUUGUGAAAUUAUGCCAAGUUGCACUUUAAAUCUCAUCAUCAGAUUCUCCUUCUGCACUCUAAUCGGUGUGAGUGGAAAAGAUAUUUAUAAUACCGCCUUCCUGCUCAUUAGUGCAGAUACUAAACUCACACAUCUCACGUACACCAGCUGAGUUCAGCAUAGUUUUCACAUGAAGCCUAGCUUUCGUGUCCUUUCCUCAGAAAGAAAAGAAUCAGUUAACGGACAGUGAGCGCUCCACCACUCUGUAUAUACAGCUGCAUGUUUAUACAGUUGAUGUGAAGAGGAAAGUGUAACUCGUCUCCGGCUCUUCUUACGAGCUGGAGACUUACCUCAGUUUUACUCAGGAUGUACUCUUCUCUUGCAUGACGAGGUUGAAAAUUAUAUGAGAUUGUAUGAAAUUAGACACCGACUGGCCCUUGUUUUUAAAUAUAUAUACGUGCUGUAAAUCAAUAUAUUGCAAUAAAACUUAAAAAGAGUUAAAAAGAUGGCAGAAAGGGCCAGUAAUGAUGAUGUAAUGUUCCUGAUAAUUGCUUGCAUAUUCCUAAUUUGAGAAUUGUGGAUCGACUAUCACUGAACUCCAGCAAGACCACAAUCCGAUGCAUCGAGUCUGGACCUGCUAACAGUGUGUCUUUCUCUGUGUGACCUUGUGUUGCUUCAGUGCGAGCUGCAGAGGUUUGAAUGUGUCUGUUGUGUCUCAUGUUUAAGCCAGUUAAGCCUUUGUAUGUAUGUGUGUGUUGUGUAGGAGUGUAAAUAGACUAUCAUUUGGCCUUUAAGUCUUAAUCUGUGUGCAGGGCAGUGUCUGGCUGUGGGUCUGGGAUCUUUCUUGACUUCCCGGAGAUUUUGAAUCUGUCGAAGCUUCCUGCAAUAUGCCUUGUUUUGCUUAUUUCUCACUGGCUUAAUUUGAACCAGUGCAUGUGUACAUUGAUGUACAAAGCAACAUGAGAUUAUUCCUUAAAAAGAAUCAGACUGAGUGGCGCCUACAGAAUUUUUGCUGUUCCUUUCUGACUUAUAAAAAAUAAAUAAAUAAAUGUGAGAGGCAUUAGACUGCAAUGCAACGUGAACUGUGUGCUGUACUGUAGAUGGACUGUGGCUUUGAGCUGUGCUUCAUAAUCAAAAAUGGUUUGUGGUAGAAACACUGAGAAUCAAAUUCAAAUUUAACGAUUUAAUGAAAUUAUUGAAAGAAAUGUCGAGGGUUGUUUGUAUAUUUUGUACGAUUUACAGACAGUCGGCUAUUCGCUCUAAAUUUCACUGUAAUUAAAAGAUGCACUCUGGUUUCACCUUCAGUCGCAUGUUGAGUAGUUUGAGUUUUGUAUAUUUAUUGUAUUAACACUGAAUAAAAUCCUUCUUCUGUACAA